CUGCAGAACGUCUGGGGCCACACCACCAUAGGCGCAUCCCGGCUGCGCAAGCUCGCCGACUGCGAGCCGCCGCCGUUCCGGGUGUCGUUCUGCCGGCCGCUUGCGGGAGGCGGCUUCGACGUGUUCGGCGUGCGCGGCGCCAAGGGCAUCCCGUGGCAGGUGCUGCGCGCCAACACGGACGACGGCACGAGCUUUCGCGACGUGCGCGUGGUGCUGGAAGGGCGGACCUCGACAAAGCCGCCCAACUCGAAGUGGGCGCACACGGCGACCGUCAGCUACAGCCCGGAGAUGGAGCGCUACCUGGUGCUCAAGAACAGCCGCGACUACGGCGGCAGCUUCGACACGCACGCGUUCGUGUCCGGCGACGGCGAGCGCUGGGAGCCCAGCCCGCACAACUCCGUGUACCGCGAGGGCGACAACUGGGGGGCGAUGUGGAGCCCGGCGGCGCACCGCUUCAUCUGCUACAACAAGGGGGUCGUCCGCGAACCGGACAAGCCGCUCAACGAGCUGAUCCGCGACGGCAUGCGCACGCCGGGGUUCGACUUCGCCGGCGUGGCGGCGAUGAAGCGCCUGGGCGGACCGCUGCUGGCGCGCGAGCAUCAGAUCACGCGUGACGAGCUGGACCCGCCUGACCUGGAGUUCUACGUCGCGCGGCCGUUCCUGUACCGGGAGACCUGCUUCCUGCAGGUGCUCAACUACGUGGGCAGCUUCAUGCCGCCGGGCGUCGCGCCGGUGCGCCCCGACGGCCACGGGCCGGGCAUGCUGGACACCGAGUGGUGGAUCAGCCGCGACGGCCUGCGCUGGGACCGGCCGUUCCGGGGCAUGCACGCCGGCCCGGUGGUGAUCUCGCACAACCCGCUGGUGGCCGGCGGGAUGCUGCGCUUUCAUCAGGGGAACGAGAUCUGGGGCAUCGGCGAGGAUCGGCUGACGUACGUGCAGACCGUCUCCAACGGCGUGUUCGAGACGCGCACCUUUACGCACGACGGUGGCUCGCUGCGCCUGAACGCGACGGUGCCGGCUCCCGGCAUCGACAACGGCGACAACCGCGCCUACCUGAUGGCGGAGCUCGUCGACGGCGAGGACCGGGUGGUGCCGGGCUACGAGAAGGAGCGCUGCAUCGUGCAGGGGCCGAUGGACGCGCAGGCAUUGCCGCUGCGCUGGGGGCAGGCGACGGGAGCGGAGUUGGAAGGCCGGCCGCUGCGGCUGCGCUUCUAUUUCCAGGCCGCGCUCAUCUACGCCGUCUCGAGCGGUCCGCAAGAAACCUGA